CUCGUUUCCUCUGAAUGAAUGGAGCUGUGAGAGGUUGAGAGUCUCAGAGUAGAGUAGAAAGCAAAAUGAAAAAUUUAAUGGCGGUGAAUCAAGAUGGAGCAGGGGAAAUUGAAGAAACAGUGGUCUGGGUUAAAUAUUACUCGUCGUUUCAUCAAAUCCUCUUAGUUGGUGAGGGAGACUUCUCUUUUUCCUCGAGUUUGGCGCGAUCUUUUGGUUCUGCGUCUAACAUCGUCGCUUCUUCUCUCGAUACCUAUGGCACAUUGGUUAAGAAGUACAAAGACGCGAAAUCAAAUUUGGAACAGUUGGAGAAGCUGGGAGCAACUCUUUUGCAUGGAGUGGAUGCGACCCGAAUGAAAUUUCAUACAGAUUUGCGAAUGAGGAAAUUCGAUAGGAUUAUCUUUAACUUUCCUCAUGCAGGUUUCCAUGGAAAGGAGGAGGAUAUCCAACUUAUCAAUCUGCAUAGGAGUUUGGUACAGGGUUUUUUCAGAAAUGCAAGUAGUAUGCUUCGGCCCUACGGGGAAAUUCAUGUCAAUCACAAAACCAAGGCUCCAUAUUGCCAUUGGAAUCUUGAACAACUUGGUUCACGACAUUCUUUGGCAUUGAUUGAGUGUGUUGAGUUUAAGCAAGAUGACUAUCCUGGUUACAAUAAUAAGAGAGGAAAUGGGACAAGAUGUGAUGAGCCUUUCCAUUUAGGCGACUGUAGAACCUUUAAGUUUGCAAUCUCACACAGGUUGAAGAGGGCUGCAACUCAAUUAGCAUUGACCCCUACCUAUACCUAUUGCCCAACCAAAGUCCAAGCAGCCCCACUCGGUCCACUCCAAUUUCAAUGGCAUUCUUCUUUUCAAGUUAAUUUUCCUUGUGCAGAUGUUGUCGCUAUUAUAAACAAUUCUCUCGGUCAUAUGGUUGCAUCAACCAUCAGAGGUGGGAGUGAAGUUAGAAGGAUAUUUGAUGGGUAUUUUGUUGAAUCUGUUGAAAUGUUUGGAAGAAUGGAUUAUGAUGUUAGGAGAAGUACCUUAGAAAUGCUGAGAAGAAGUUUUGAAACAUACAUGUCUGGAGAAUCGAGCAGAAAUGUGAAUGAUUACAUUACUCAUCUUGAAGAACUUCACAGUCUCAUGAUAUUGAGAUCGGCUCAGAUGAGAAAGUUGCUACUCCGCUUAUGAUCAAUUUUCGGAAAGGGGUGAAUACUGUUCCUUGUUCUUUGGGGUUAGCUGGCUUUUUGGAUUCUUUUAUGGAUUUUUUUCUUUUUUCUUUUUGUGUGUUAGACUGGAUUGGUAUUUCUAUUAGUGGGUAGUGGGUGUUAUAUUUGUGGCUGUGUUGGUGUUCCACCUAGUUCAUCAACACAACCAGCAACCAGCGUUCUAUGUUUUUAUUUUGUUGCUGGUUCUAGAACUAACAUCAUUUUUUUGAACAUUAUGGAAGAUGGCCUUUUGAAGUGCUGCUGUGUGUCAAAGUUGAAUGGUGAUAGAUGA